AAUGGAAGAGUGAAUUAUUUGCUAUGUAAACAGUGUAAUUUAGAAAUACAAAGUACACCAAAAAAAAGUAACCGGGGUAGCACCCUGUGCCCUGUGGGAAGGCAGUAUUACUAUUGGAAACAACACAAUAAAUAGAGGGCACACAAUAAGCAACUAAUGAUGAUGAAUCAGGUGCUACAACACCCAGUGUGCCACUGCCCUUAGCCAAGUGCUUAACCAUCAGUGUAUUUGUAAAUUGUAAAUUAGUCUUUCAUGUUGGCCCAUAUUGGGUUCCUUUUCUUCUGAAACAUUUUCUGACUAUCGUGUUCAGCUUAUUUACCAACAUCACAGCUUAUAUCAUAAAGGGGACCUAAACCUCCAAAAAUGAAAUAAUGUAAACUUACUCAGAUUGCUUCUCUUAGCACUUUUCUAUUUUUAGUGGUUUAUUAUAUAUUAGGGGUUUUAAACUGCUAACAGGUUUUUAAAUGCCUAGAAUAUCAGUGAUCCUAGUCUUAUAUUAACAGUUUAAAACUGCGAAUAUCUCAGAACCACUUAAAAUGGAAAAUAAAUGUAAACUGUAAAUAAGCACAGAGGCACAAUAAGUUAGCAUAAAUGUAUUAUUUGGGGUUUAGCUCUCCUUUGAUAAGAGACAGCCACUGUAUUGAUUCCUAUGAAUUACUCUUUUUAACCCACCAUAAUGGCAAAAGACAUAUCUGCUCUUUUUUAACGGAUGUAAUAUAUUACAGAUUUGCACAGACAACCAAUGGCAAGAGAAGACAAGGAAGCGCAGGAGGAUGAACUGCUAGCACUCGCUAGUAUAUACUCUGAAGAUGAAUUCAAGAGAUCGGAGACUGCGCCAGGAGGGGAAAUAUGUGUCUGUCUAGAUCUUCCUCCAAACUUUAGCGUAGCCAUAAAAGGUGACUGUGCAUCUAAUGAAUACAUGGGAAGCUUUGAGAGUAUUGUCUCUUUCCUACCUCCUAUUAUACUGAACUUUGAACUGCCUCCAGGAUACCCAUCCACUGACCCUCCAGCCUUCACACUUAGCUGCAAGUGGCUUUCUCCAAGUCAGCUUGUCCUGCUGUGUCAGCGCUUGGAUGACCUAUGGGAGGAAUACGCAGGAGAAGUUGUUUUGUUUGCUUGGAUGCAGUUUCUCAAGGAGGGGACUCUGGAGUACUUAAAGAUUAACUCACCAUAUGAAAUACAAGUUUGUGAGUUUGGAUCUCAGUGCAUAAAGAAUAACUCGGGGAUAUCUGAUUCCUGUAGUGCCACAGGCCCAGCAGAAGCAGUGAUUUGGGACAAACGCGUUAUCCAGGAUGUGGAAUCUGUCACUACCCUUAUUGACUGCAUCUUGGACUUUAAUGAGGCUCAGCAGAAGAAAUGCUUUGAUAGUAAAUCGUAUAUGUGCAACAUUUGCUUCUUAGAAAAGCUGGGCAGCGAGUGCACUCACUUUAAAGAUUGUCAGCAUGUCUACUGCAACGCCUGCCUCAAGGAUUAUUAUACAGUUCAGAUACAGGAUGGGCAGGUCCAGGCUCUUAACUGUCCUGAGCCAAAGUGCUCUUCUGUUGCUACACCUGCACAGGUAACCCAUAAACAGUGCUCUUUAUUCUUGUGUGUAUGUGUACAUUCAUUAAUGGUGUAUCUUUAUAGCAUGUAGCUAAGUUGGGAGACAUUAGAUAUUAGCCCAUUACAUGCUGACCAAAUUAACACAGUGAAUAAACAGGAACCCAGAAAUGUAGAUUAUAUUGAGAUCAGGGAAGGCAGGGAUAAUGUGUUAGAAGACAGGAGAGAAAAAAGUUUGGGGAAGGUGGCUAGAGCAGGGAAUAAGAAAAGGAUAUUACAUUGAAAAUCAGCAAUGUUUCUUGCUAAGUAUCAGAUAAACCUACAGUUAAAUAGCUGUUAUGCUAAAUGGUUUGGGGGUAGAAAGAAAAGGGAUAAUGGGAAUUGCCUCACUAGGGCCUUGGUACACCAGGAGAUAUUUUGGAACUCUGGCCAAGAGGUGUGAAGUCAAAUUAGCCAGAAUCUUGUCCGAAAUUUCUUAAAAGUAUUGGUGCUGGUGCUUAAAGUUGAUAAUAUUGGACCAGGAAAGUGAAUGGCAGGGCAUUCAAAGGGAUAUUUAGAAAGGUGUACUCUAAACUGUGGUAUUUGUUUCACAAAUUGGAGUAAAAGGUGCUCCAUUCUGUAAACUUAUUGAAGUAAAUUAGCAUCUUUUCAAAAACUGGCACUGCGUGUCCAUUGGCAAAGUAUUAGAUAAAUAAGGACUUUAUAGUGUUUUUCCAGUCAUUUAUAUCAAUGGUCUGAAUAGCUCUGAAUAAAGCAUAAAAUAAUCUCGAAUAAA